AUGGAAAAUCAGAGUACCACAGUGACUUCCUUUAUUCUUUUGGGAUUUUCAUUCAACCUGUAUGAAAAUAUUUUCCUCUUCCUAGUAUUUUUCCUUAUAUAUGUCAUAACUUUGAUGGGAAAUAUGAUGAUUGUGGUGGUUACAACUCAUCUUCAAAGCCCCAUGUAUUUUUUUCUAGCACACCUGGCUUUCCUUGAUAUUUGUUUUUCUUCUGUUACUGUUCCAAAGUUGCUAGUCAUGUUCUAUGCAGGCCAAACCAUUUCAUAUUCAGCUUGCUUUAGUCAAAUGUUCUUUGUCUUUCUAACGGGGACCACUGAACAUUACAUUCUUGCAGCCAUGGCUUAUGACCGAUAUGCUGCCAUUUGCAAACCCCUCCAUUAUGUGCAAAUUAUGAACAAAGCAUUUUGUAGAUUGCUGGUGGGUGGUGCAUGGGCAGUUAGUUUCUUAUGUUCCACAAUAAAUGUUUUACCUAUUUUGAGGUUAAGUUUCUGUGGACCAAAUAUUAUCAGACAUUUCAGUUGCGAGUUUCCAAAUCUUCUUGCACUUUCCUGCUCAGAAACUUUUCUAAAUAAACUGACAUUCUUCAUAACAGGAAGUGCCUUUGCAGGUAGUUCAUUAAUUAUUAUUGUACUUUCAUACAUCUAUAUCAUCUCAACUAUCCUGAAGCUGAACUCCGCAGAAGCAAAAAGAAAAACUUUCUCUACCUGUAGUGCUCACCUUAUUGUUGUGGCUUUAUAUUAUAGCACUGGAUGUUUUAGGUAUAUGAGGCCUAGUUCAGCCUCUUCAAUUAUUGUGGAUGAACUCUUCUCCAUUCAAUACGGCAUUUCAACACCCAUGAUAAACCCCCUUAUCUACAGCUUGAAAAACAGGGAAGUGAAGGUAGCUAUCAAAAAGCUAAUGGGCUACAAAACCUGA